AUGAAAAUCGUAAUUGCUUCCGCGUUACUGAUUGGCUCGUGUUUGUCCAUGAGAGAUCAGUCAUAUGCGGUUCGGGGAAAGCUGAUGUGUGGCCCCAGCCAGCAACAAAUGUCAGGAAUAAAGCUGUGGGAGGAGGAUACUGUAGGACCCGACCCAGAUGACCUGCUUGAUUCGGGCUACACGGAUGGUAACGGUGAAUUUCGUCUUGGAGGAGGAACGGCCGAAAUGACGCCAAUCGAUCCAAUCUUCAAAGUAUAUCACGACUGUGACGACGGCAUGAAGCCUGGCAAGCGGAAGGUGAAGUUCUACCUGCCAAAGUCGUACAUCACAGCUGGAAAGACACCCAAGAAGGAGUUCGACAUAGGCGUCUUGAAUCUUGAAACAAUAUUCCCAAAAGAGGAAAGGGAAUUUAUCGUCACUAGAAGGCGCCGGGCAAGAAAAGAAGACACCGAAGAUUCAGAUGCUUUCGACUACUACUCGAGGAUGCGUUUUCAAAAGGACCAAAUGCAGUUGCGGGAAACUGGCUACGAACUCGACUAG